UGUGUGUCGCCGUCCUUGAGCGCGCGCACAUGUCAGGUGGGCGGGUGCGCGCUGGGGUCAAUAAAAUCCCUUUAGAUCCGACAAAUGGGGCAUAAAGAGGCUGAGCACCAUCAUUAACUUCUUCCUGCAUAUUCAGUGCGCGCGGAGAUCAAAUAAACGUAUGUGCAGUGUAGUGAGUCACGCGCAACUCCACAGGUACUGCUUUUGGAGUAAUUUGUUUGUUUUUAUUUAUUAAUUCGGUCAUGUAGUGGUCUCCUUGAUGGAUCAUGGAUUACUCGAGUGUAAUGAUCGCGUCCAACUUGAGCCGAAGCUGCGCCUCGUGCUCCCACUUCAGCGGCACUCACGCGCCCCUGGAACGCGAUCUGAGUCCCGCCGGUCACGUGGUGGUCACAUUGUGUCUCGGUUUCAUCGGCACGUUUGGUUUCCUGAACAACGCGCUCGUGCUGCUGCUGUUCUGCCGUCACAAGCCGCUGCGCUCACCGAUCAACUGCAUGCUCGUGAGCAUCUCGGUGAGCGACCUGCUUGUCUGCGUGCUCGGGACGCCGUUCAGCUUCGCCGCGAGCGCGCGGGGACGGUGGCUGAUCGGUGCGCGCGGCUGCGUGUGGUACGGCUUCAUCAACUCCUUCCUCGGUAUUGUGUCUCUGAUUUCGAUGGCUUCUCUGUCAUAUGAACGUUACUGCACCAUGAUGAGGGCCACGCAGGUCAACAUCACCAGCUACAGGAAGGUCUUCAUGGGCAUUGCUUUCUCCUGGAUCUACUCACUGAUGUGGGCCGUGCCUCCACUGUUCGGGUGGAGCCACUAUGGUCCCGAGGGUCCCGGUACUACCUGCAGUGUCAACUGGACCACCAGAACAGCAAACAACAUGUCCUACAUAGUCUGCCUUUUCUUUUUCUGCCUCAUCCUUCCGUUUGUAGUGAUUGUGUACAGUUACGGAAAACUGCUGCAGGCCAUCAAGAAGGUGAUGAGGAUCAACACGGCGUUGAGUCGUAAGCGUGAACAGCGGGUUCUCCUCCUGGUGGUCACCAUGGUGGUAUGUUAUCUGCUGUGCUGGCUGCCGUACGGUAUCAUGGCGCUCGUAGCGACGUUCGGAGAACCUGGACUGGUCACACCCGAGGCCAGCAUUGUGCCGUCUCUGUUAGCCAAAAUGAGCACAGUGAUCAACCCAGUCAUCUACAUCUUCAUGAACAAACAGUUCUACAGGGGCUUCAGAAAUCUGCUCACAUGCACGUCUUCAGAUCUAGGAUCAAACUACCAAAACUCCUCCAAGGUCAUUAAGUCUCUCAGGAUAUUUAGGCGAGCCAACGUUCCCAGUGCAACUCCACACCAAGACGUCGCCUGCAAUCCAGACAGAGACAAGCCGAAGAGCGGCUCCGAGCCUGAGACCCGUUCUCCUGCGGUUCCUGGAACCGCGAAGCCCAUCGUCUCUCUGGUGGUCUACUACAACGGAUGAGCAGACAGACAGAGAGUGGUUUCUCGACUCCACUAUGCUGCUGCACACAAGAGAAAAAUAAAUAAAUAAAUAAACAAACAAAGCA